CUUACCUCAACACGUCGGUUCGUUGGCUUUGUUUUCCGGUGGCGUGCGCGCUAACGGACAGCAGCGGCUGAGGGCGGACCGGCGAUAGACGGGCAGAUUAAAACAGAUAUCCAGCAUACCACUUUGUUGCAGUUGGAUAUUUUAAAUCUUCUUUCAUUCAGACCCCAGAAAAAUUAUCAUGUACUGACCACAAUGAAUGGGAGAAUAUUUGUAGAGACAUUAAAGAAAAUUGGUUAUCCCAAUGCCAAUCAAUUAAAUGGGGAGCAUUUUGAUUGGUGGUUUGACAUUGGCGAUGAAAGAAUGUUUGUAGAAUGGUUCUGCAGUACUGUAAGUGGACAGAAUGUAUUAACAGAUGAAGAGUUGAGUGGGCUGGAAAGACUCGAAGUUGAAGAUCGCCUGUUGGAUCAGAAAGACUUGGAUAAGGUCUUGGAGACAUGUCCUAAAGAUGUGAAGUCAAAAUAUGGUAGUUUGACUGAGCUGACCAUUGAGGAGCUGGAAAAGGAAGUUGAGGCACUACAGUUGACUCGAAGUCUUAAAAUCCAGCGACGAAAUAAGCAACAAGUAAUGGCCAAUCGAAUACAUAAUUUACCAAUGCAGCUAAGGGAUGAGGAGGAAAAAUGUGCCAGACUGAUAAGAGAGACACGUGAAUUACUAAGUAUUGAAAAUGCUGAAUUAAACCGCACACUGUUAAAGAUUCAAGAAGAGGUUCAGGAGCUUAGCUCUACAUGCUCAAACGUGGAGUCAGUAAAGAGAGCAGAGCAAGAGGUUGUCUUCCUGUCACAACUUGUAUUGGACCAUUACCUGCAGCAAGAAGAGCAAUGCACAGCUGCUCUCACAGAAUAUACCAAGAAACAGCUGUUUAAGGGCAUUGCGGAGCUGGUCGGAAGCUCCGAUGUGGAAAAAUUUCAGCUGGUGGACUUAACUUCUCAGCCUAUACAUGGAGAGUGUAAUGAGGCCCUUGAAGAAUACAGGCAACAAAUGGGUCGAAUCCAAGCAGCAUACAGCAGUAGCCAGCACCAGAUAAUUUUGACGAAAGCGAAAGAACAAGGUACGGAGGCUAGACUUCAACACAUGGAACAGAUAAUCUCCUCCAUACGAAGCCAGAAGCUGCUCGAUGAUGCAAGUGGUGCAAAAGUCAAGAAGAACAGUUUGUCCAAAGAACUGACUGUGAUAAAUAACCAAAUUGAACAGCUAAUUAACAAGGAGCUUCCUGAUCUGAUUGUUGAGAACACACAACUCUUAAAUAUGCCGGUUGUGAAAGGUAAUUUUGAUCUGCAGAUGUCUCGUCAAGAUUACUAUACCUCCAAGCAGGACCAGGUUGCUAGUCAGCUGAUCAAACAGAAAGCUCGAUUUGAACUACUUCAAUUGGCAUACGAAAUGGAACUGUGUAGACAUAGAGAGACCCAUCGGCACCUCGAGAGUCUGACCACAGAGUUGAAUCAACGCAGAGGAGACCUUGACCAGCAUUUGGAAAUGCUGUCUGACAAGUCUCUGUUGACAAGUAACAAACAACGGGCCUUAAUCGAUUCAAGUGAUGCCUCUACUGUCAGACUCUCUGAGAUUUUAGUGGGAAGCAAGAAUCAGCAACUGUUCAAAACCUACAGUGGUCUAGAAGAGGAAGCCAAAAGUCUGCAGCAGGAAAUUGCUCAUUUAAAGGACCAGUUGAAAGAAACGAUGUGCCAGCAGUCAUAUCUGCGGUCUGCACUGGAAUCUGACAUUGAGAAACUUCAGAGUGUCAUGUAUUCUGGAUCCAAAGAGCUUUUACUGCAUUGUGAGGAACUGUCAGAACCUCUUCAAAGAUUGGAAAAUCAAUUGCAGCGACUACCCCAGAUCAUCAGAAAUAUAGCUGAUGACAUAAAGUCAAAACGUCAAAUGUUGGCGAGCAGCUUCAAUUGUAGAGGCGAGAGAAUUCUGUAUGUCCAUUUCUUCCAAGAUCCUGAUCAGCUGAAGAAGAUUGUGGAGGAUCUAGAGCGGAAAGUUCAGACUCAGGGCAUUGGAUUGUAGAGUUGAUGUGUAAUUUCAAGUAGAAAACGGUGAUGACAGUGUGAACGCUCCUCUGUAUAAUAACUUCUUUAAGUUGUGGUUACCUGUAUAGUGAUGAAAAUUAAAAACACUGAAGAGAAUCCUAGAUUUGUAAUCCUUCAUCCCAUCAUAUGAAUUCUUUAUGAACAUUUUAUGUAAUACUUUUCAAACUGUUUUUUGCCUGAAAUGUAUAUGACUUUAACCUUAGUUUCAUUAAAUAGCAGCCUUAGUCUGUAUUGGGCAGAACUUUGAUCUUUAUGUUACAUGGUUAAUAAUCAUAGAUAAAUAAAAUAUUUAAAUCAGA